AAGAUCGCCUCGGUGCUUAUAUAUAUGCCCAUACACUAUAUAUAUACACUUGCACUCUCAUCGUCUUUAAUACAUGUGUGCAUCUACAUAUAUAUAUAUUUACCGUGCGAAUUCAUGAAGUGCGUUAAUAUUUGAAUAUAUUAAAUUAAAAUGUGCAGUUUCGCCCUCGGGGAGAGUUACCGGUUCGGGUGUGAUGGUUCAUUCGUAAUCGUUGGUUCAACCGUUCAGUGAAAUAUUUAGUUUUCACGUAAAAAAAAAAAAAAAAAAAAAAAAAAUCAAGAUCAAUUGUGGUGGUAGUGGUGGCGGUGGUCGUCCGACAGUAUCAACCGGUGUUUGUGCUUACAUAUCGUGUUUAAUCCCUCCCUGCCCCUGCAACCCCCUACACUUGCUUCAGCCGAUCGACCGUAUAGAGUAAGACUAGCGUGAUAUCGGUGCCUCGAGAGCCCGGCAACGGCGCCGAAGCUGCAGCACUGCGCUUCGAUCUAUCGUCACUUUUUCCACCCGUCUGGGUCGCAGGGGUGCCGCUGAACGACACCACCCUCGCUGAUUACAUUCAGGAUUACCAAGGUAUCCUCGGCGGCUGUUUACCCCAGGAGCAGUCGUUCGAGGCUCGCACCGACGAUCCAAGCUCCGCGGACGCAGCUAUCAUGUACCCGAGCGGCGGCAUCAACGCGGCAGCUGUCGCCGCCGCAGCUGCCGCCCGGCACCCCGGGCCACCUCAGUCAAACCAGCCUUUCAAAUUCACGAUCCUCGAGACGUGCGACAGGAUCAAGGAGGAGUUCAAUUUUUUACAAAACCAGUAUCACAGCAUGAAGAUGGAGUGCGAAAAGUUGGCGACCGAAAGGCUCGAGACUCACAGACACUACGUUAUGUAUUACGAGAUGUCAUACGGUCUGAACGUCGAGAUGCACAAACAGACGGAAAUAUCGAAACGACUGAACGCCAUCAUCGCACAAAUACUGCCGUUCCUGUCUCAAGAGCACCAGCAGCAGGUUGCCACCGCCGUCGACAGAGCGAAACAGGUCACAAUGACGGAGCUCAAUUCGAUCGUUGGGCAACAGCGUCCAGAUAUUCCGGGUCUGCUCCAGCAGAUGCGAGUGCAGCAGCUACCCCCGGGAGCGGCGAUGAACCCUCACGCGUCGCUUCCGGGUUUACCACCCCUGGGGCCAUCAGGUGGCCUUCAAGUACCGACGUCAGCGUCGGCCGCUCUUCUCGGCUUGGGGCUUCCGGGUGCUCCACCGACGCCCGGGAGCGCGAGCUCGCACCCACUGUCUAUGCUCAGCAAACCCGAGAUGCAACGCCACAGCCAGCCCGACGACGCAAAGAGCAACGGAGGCCUCAGUUCGACCGACGAAAGACACAGGAGCUCGAUAUCGCCCGGCGAAAAGUACAUAAGACCGCGCUCGCCGCAGGAGUCGCAUCACGGCCACCACACGCAAAACCACCACGAUCAUCCGAUUCACAUCAAGAAAAUGAAGAAGGAACAUGAUAAGGAUCUCGGACACAGCGAUGGCGAAAAGAGCGACCAAGACCUGGUGGUUGACGACGCGAGCGACUGCCCGACCAGUCCCGUGGUCAACGGUACGACAUCGCCGCGCGAGAACGGCAUCGACAAACUCGGCGUCGCGGGCCUCGGGGCCAGUAGCAGCGGUAGCAGCACGAGUAAUGGCCAGAACGGCCAAGCCAAGUCCUCGAAGGAUCUACCACCCCAGUCGCCCCGCAGUGGCACCAGCAGCAACGCGAGCACCCCCUCGGCUAAGAAGAUGGAGGACCGGGAAAAGGCCACCACGCCGAUCUCGAAGCCGCUGACCCCGACCUCGGCGUCCGCUCUGAAGCCCUCGAGCUCGGGUAAGGUCCUUCAGGGGCCUCCACCCCCUGGUGCACUGGCAGCCGCUGGUUAUCCCGGGCACUACCCUGGGCCUGCUCACCAUUUGCCCCCAGGUGCCCAGCACCCGGCCCACGUUGAGCUGAUGGCCUACAAUGGUUACGUGGCGCCUAGACCACCGUCUAGCCUGCAGCAGCAACUCUACGACCCCCACGGGGCUAUGCGAGUGCCGCCCGUGCCCGUCGGCGCCGUGCCCGGUGGCAAACCGGCGUACAGCUUUCACGUGUCCAGCGAUAACGUAAUGGUACCGGUGCCCUUUCCGCCGGAUGCCCUAAUGGGCACUGGAAUACCGCGCCACGCGCGCCAACUGAACACCCUGACCCACGGCGAGGUCGUGUGCGCCGUGACCAUCUCGAACCCCACCAAGUACGUGUACACGGGUGGCAAGGGCUGCGUCAAGGUCUGGGACAUCAGCCAGGCGGGCAGCAGCCAAGCCAAGCCCGUCUCGCAGCUCGACUGCCUCCAGCGCGACAACUACAUCCGCUCGGUCAAAUUACUGCCCGACGGCCGUACCCUCAUAGUCGGUGGUGAGGCCAGUCAGCUCAGCAUCUGGGACCUGGCCAGCCCAACCCCGAGGAUCAAGGCCGAGCUAACGUCCUCCGCACCGGCUUGCUAUGCCCUGGCCAUUUCUCCAGACUCGAAGGUCUGCUUCAGUUGCUGCAGCGACGGGAACAUCGCGGUCUGGGACCUGCACAACCAGACCCUGGUCAGGCAGUUCCAGGGACACACGGACGGCGCCUCGUGCAUCGACAUAUCCGCGGAUGGCUCCAAACUUUGGACGGGAGGCCUCGACAACACGGUCAGGUCUUGGGACCUGAGGGAGGGCAGGCAGCUCCAACAGCACGAUUUUUCGUCCCAGAUCUUUUCCCUGGGCUAUUGUCCGUCGGGCGAGUGGUUGGCCGUGGGUAUGGAGAACUCGAACGUGGAGGUCCUCCACGCCAGCAAGCCCGACAAGUACCAGCUCCACCUGCACGAGUCCUGCGUGCUCUCGUUGAGAUUCGCCUCGUGCGGCAAGUGGUUCGUCUCGACCGGCAAGGACAACUUACUCAACGCCUGGCGCACGCCUUACGGCGCUUCGAUAUUCCAGUCGAAGGAGUCCUCGUCGGUGCUCAGCUGCGACAUCUCGGCCGACGAUAAGUACAUCGUUACCGGCUCCGGAGACAAGAAGGCGACCGUGUACGAGGUCAUGUACUGAGCUGCCGGCAACCACUGCACUACAACGCCCAGGAGGCAAAAAACAAAAGGACACUUAACCCAUUGACCCGUCGUCAUUUUUAAUCAUACAAUAGUGCAAAGGCGCUACGUAGGUGUACAGAUGAUUGUUCGCUAAAGGUGACGACGACAGCACAUUGUUUGGGGGAAAAAAGAAACAAAAAACACGGAGUCUUUCAGCUCCCGGCAGUUUCGGACGGGUCCGACGACUGUGUAAGAGGAUAUACUGCGUUUUUACUGCAUCGUUUUUUAUUUAUUGAUAGCUUUUCCUCCCCUUCUUUUGAAAUAAAGUCCCCCUCGUCCGAAACUAUAGCACGGAGCGCGUACGUAUAAAUAUAAAUAUAGCUACAAGCGAGCGCACACGCAAGUCCAACACUUGCACCCACGUAGAGAUACAUAUUACAGAGGCACAUGUUCAGAUAAACACACAGGAAUACCCAUACAUACGGACACUGUAAAAAGUUCUUUGAUCGUCUGCCUGCCUUUUUUUUACACUGCUCUUGCAACAAUGUCAAAAUUUCGACUAGGCGUUUAUUGUUCGACAAUGAUCGGACACACAGAUCUGCAUGUAAAAAACAAAAAGCUACUGUUUGUGAUGACUGCAAAACAAAUUUAUGCGUUUAAUA